AUGGCCGAUGAUGAGAUGGCUCGCGACCUUUGGGUUGCGAUCGAAGCUCUCUUCCGUGACAACAAGGAUUCAUGUGCCGUCUUCCUCAGCAGCCAGUUCCAUUCCCUUCUUCAAGGCGAUCAAUCCAUCGCUGAUUACAGCCAACAUGUCAAGACCUUGGCUGAUGCCCUCCGCGACGUCGGCCACCCCGUCUCCGACUCGCAGCUCAUUCUCAACUUGCUGCGCGGCCUCAACCCCCACUACUCCAAUACCACCGAAGACAUCGCCAACUUGACGCCGUUCCCCUCCUUCGCUCGGGCGCGCUCUAUGCUCGUUCUCAAGGAGACUCGUCUCGCCAACGAGACGAAGAUCACCAACGAGACGGCCUUGGUCGCGCGGUGGCUCUUCCUGCUGCCAGUUCGGCUGCCGCUCCACCCUGAUGCCUGCUCCUGCCGCCUCCUUUGGCUUCAACAACGGCAAUGGCCGUCGCGGCGGCCGUAA